AUGAAAAUCGAGUCCUUGGUGCAGAGUCACAUCAUCGGCGAGACUCCGACUUUACAAAGCGACUGCUCGCCUCACCUGCAGACCAGACCACGGCGCAGAAGACAAACAAAAGCUGAGGCCAUGCUCAGAAAUGUUCUGCAGGCAAAAGCGCAGUUGAUCGAGGGAUGCGUUUCCAUCCGACGUAUGGACGUGGGCGUGUCCGGAGACGUGACAAGUUAUGUCCUCUUCCCAUCAAUCUAUUCAUCUUUUAAUAUUUUUUAUUAUCUGAUUUUAUAUUUUAAUUCUCUACGCGUGGGUAAAACCUUCAGAACGCGAGAGAGUUAUAGAGCGUGCGCUCGCGGUUCAGCAUGCGCUCUUGGAGAGGUGUGUCGUUACACCCCCCCCCCUCCCCAACACACACACACACACACACACACACACACACACACACACACACACACACACACACACACACACACACACACACACCGCCGGGGAUUUCCAGAGCCAGAGAUGUUCAACUCGUCUCCGUCGGCUUCUACGCUCUUCUUCUCCGCGGAUCGUGAUCAUGAUGUCGCCGCCGGUUCCUCGCGCCCGUUCCGCGGCGGAGGUGUCGGUGUUGAUGUGGGCGACGGUGACGGGAACAACGGCUCGUGCGCCGAGCGGCCACUCGAGUUCGCCCCCACGGAGAAGGUGGCCGUGGGUCUCGCGCUAGCCGCGGUCACGGCGGUGACGGUAAUCGGGAACGCGCUCGUGGUGGUGGCCGUGUGUGUGGUGAAGAAGCUCCGGCAGCCUUCCAACUACUUGCUUGUGUCGCUCGCAGCCGCCGACCUGUCCGUAGCUCUUGGGGUCAUGCCCUUCGCCAUAGCAACCGACCUCACCGGUGGCAAAUGGCUGUUCGGUGAAGCUUUCUGUAACGUCUUCAUCGGGAUGGACGUCAUGUGCUGCACGGCGUCUAUCAUGACCUUAUGCGUCAUCAGCGUGGACAGGUAUCUGGGCAUCACACGACCUUUAACGUACCCUGCACGUCAGAAUGGUCAACUGAUGGCAAAGAUGAUCUUCGGCGUGUGGUUGGUGUCGGCGUCCAUCACUCUUCCGCCAUUUUGCGGCUGGGCGAAGAACAUCAACGAAGAAGGAGUGUGUCUGAUCAGCCAGGACUUCAGCUACACCAUCUACUCCACCGCUGUGGCCUUCUACAUCCCCAUGCUUGUCAUGCUUUUCAUGUAUUAUAAGAUCUUCAAGGCGGCGAGAAAGAGUGGUGCCAAGCAUCGCUUUGAGUCGGUGAGGAUGCAAGGGCUGAAAACGCAGCAGCACCCGGUGGCCGAGGAGUGCGUCGCGCUGUCUCGACUGCUCAGCCCAGAACGCCAGAACAUGUCCAUCUUCAGGCGUGAACAGAAGGCUGCCACCACGCUGGGUGUCAUCCUUGGAGUCUUUACCAUCUGCUGGCUGCCUUUUUUCAUCCUGACCACGGCGAGGCCGUUUAUAUGCGGCAUCGAGUGUAGCUGUGUCCCGAUUUGGAUCGAGAGGACGCUGCUGUGGUUCGGCUACGCCAACUCGCUCGUCAAUCCGUUUAUUUACGCCUUCUUUAACCGUGACCUGCGCUCGACCUACUGGGAUUUGCUACGGUGUCGUUACCGUAAUAUCAACCGCAGACUGUCUGCCGUCGGCGUACACGAGGCCCUGAAGUUUUAAAACAAGACCAACCUCUCACUUGAAACACACAUAUACAGCAAGGUCAAUGUUGGAUCUGGAUCCUAUGUGCAGAGGUUGUGUGUUUUUUUUUUUUUUUUUUUUUUUU